GCCGUGAAAGAAAAUCUGGGGACAGAAACAGCGCCUGUUGGUCCGUCGCAUCGCGACCCAACAAAGACAUCAAUGGUCUAACAACGCGACUACCGUUCCGGAAGUAACGGCUGCCCCUCAAUCCUAUUGCAAUCAUUCACCUGGAUUUUGUCACUUCAUCCUCCCUUUUAAUCUUUCCCGGAUGUUUGUCCAAAGGCUGCCAGCAUCAUGGACGCCACCUACCAAACCGUUGCGGGCUUCCUAGCAAGCUGGCCAAAUGCAUGCUGCAUAAUAUUCCUUUUGCUCGGUAUAUGCUUUGUCACUUUUGACUGGGCUGGUCCCAUGGAACCACUACCCAAGCAGGAGUUUCUUGAAGAGGCCUAUGUACCUAUCGAAAAGAAGGACGAAGUUGCUACACUUAAGUUGGCCCGAAUAGUCACUCCCAAAAAAUGCCGGCUACUUGACUUGCCUAAUGAAUUGCUCUUGCGCUUGGUCGAUCUUAUAUACGAUGGCGGGUACAACUCAGUAGCCAAAGAUGCGAAUGUGUACCGCAAGAUAUUCGUCAACUUGCUCACAACAAACAGAAGACUCAGUGCCAUGGCAAUGCAUCGGCUUUACCAUACAGUUGGCCCAUACAAUACUGUCCGCCUAGUCUCAAACUUUUGCAAAUAUCCCAUGGCGGGGCAUAGAGUUAGAAAUCUUGUCAUCUCAGAUUGGAUCAUUGAAUCACAUGAUGUCGCAGCUCACUUGGGAGAUAUCGAAUUCAACAUCAAUACAAAGCUGGCUUCACUUCGGGUCCGUGACACUCGUGAGCGCGGCAUCAAAUUCGACUUAUUUGAGGUAGCAGCUGGCACCGAAUCAUGUGGCAGCCAGGCUGAGCUCAGAAAUGCCGUAUCGAUGCUACUCCUUCUUUCCUGCCCCAAUAUCGAAGUCCUUACAAUUGACCAAACCAACUGGUUUGUUCCUGUCGGCGCAUAUGGAGUAACAUUGAGUAAGCUUCGCAAAAUUGAAAUUAACGACGGCACUUUUACAAUCUUCACGGAGAGUACCCUGGCUCCCGAGCCCCCCGACUUUGGUUUUGAUCUGACUCAUAUCGAUAUGAACUUCUCGGGUACAGACCAAACGACUUUCUCGGCGCUGGUAUCCAAUUGUACAGCAUUGCAGAGCUUCUCGUACGGGGUUGGUGGUUAUUUGCCAUUAGUUAACUCCGACAUCUCACCAGACUGUCUCAUUGAGCAACUUGAAACACAUACAGAAUGUCUCAAGACGCUCCGCCUGUUAUGGUCAGAGCAUAAUACAGAUCAGUGCGUCUGCUUUCCCAUAGAGGAAACUAUUUAUACAUUGGCGCACUUUACCGCCGUCGAGGAACUGCACAUUGGUCUACCAGGUCUGGAAGUCUACCACGCCAAUCAGGACACAACAGAGCAGUUCUUCCUAGAACUCCUACCCCCCAACCUCCGCAAACUUCUCUUAUGGGACGGCACAAAAGUAUGGGAUCUUGAUGAACUGUACAUGGCCACCAAGCACCACUUCAACGAUCUGAGAGAAAUACACUUAUGUCGUAGUCUUAAAACAGUGCGGUCCAGGGAAGAUCGACUGAUUGGACUCUUUGCGAAACGUGGCAUCCGUUUGACCUAUUCUGGAGAUGACCAGGAUUCAAGAGAUGGUGCCAUGAAUCCCCCAGGACUGCGCACUAGUGAUGGCGUGAGAGUGUGCACGCUUGUCGCAAACUACGUCAAAGGCCGUACGCUCGAAUAGAAUACCCAGUAAAAAUAAUUGUAUAUAUAAUGAAAUUUAUACCAUUGGACAUUCAAGAUUCAUCA